UUGCUCAAUUUCCAUCGAACAGGACUGAAUAAAAUCAUCUGCUUUCAAACUAAAGCUCUCUCCGUCUUUUCUGUAUUCACACACUCAGUAUCUGUCACACACUUUUUCCCUGUCCUUAUUCUUUCUCUGUCUCUCUCUCUCUCUCUCCUUCUCUCUCUCUCUCUCACGAAUGCACACACAUACAGAUGUGAACACACACCGACACAUACAAACGCACACACUCUGUGGCCUCUCCGGUGGGUAAACAGUGAGUUGUACUUUGGUUCCAUCGCCGAGUUCAGGCUUUGGCGCUUCUGUCGAACGCAGACGGAUAAGUGACGGCAACGAGAUGGCUAGUUUUUUUUUACUGGCCCUUACCGCUGCUUUAUUGCUGGAGGGACUGGCAGCUGAAAUCACGGAGGAGAACACAGAAGCUGUUUUCGUGUCUCAGCAGGCGGCACACGCGGUGCUGCAUCGUCAGCGCAGGUACAACAGCGGCCUUUUUGAAGAAGUAAAGCAAGCCAAUCUGGAGCGGGAGUGUAAGGAGGAGACCUGCUCAUAUGAGGAGGCAAGGGAGGUGUUUGAGAACAAUGAGAAAACUGAUGAAUUCUGGGCCGUAUACAUUGAUGGUGACCAGUGUAAUCCAAAUCCCUGCCAUAAUGAAGCCACGUGUCAAGAUGGAAUCGGUUCUUAUGUCUGCUGGUGCCAAUCAACCUUCGGUGGCAAGAACUGUGAGAUUGAGUUGACCAAGCAGUGUUCGGUCAACAAUGGUGGAUGCUCCCAUUUCUGUGGGAUGCAGGGGGAGAUACCUGUGUGUCGGUGUACAGCUGGUUACGGCCUUGGUCCAGACAGGAGGACCUGUAGACCAACCGGACCCUUCAGCUGUGGUCAAGUGAACUUGUCCCCCAAACCAAACCCCAGGUCCUAUGUGAACCCACGGUCAUCAAAUGGUACAAUAUCCACUGAACGAAGCUUUAAUAUCAGUGACCUGCUGCAGGACGACGACUACAAUGACGGAAACAUGACGGAGUUGUACGAGAGCGACGAGCUCCCUGUGGACGAGUCUGAGCCAUCAGACAUUCCCGUGGCCUCAUUAGUGCACGUGCGUUCGGCGAGGUCCAUCUCCAUCCCUGACCCUGACUCCGGUGUACCAAAUGUCACUGGGGCCCUGGGGCUGUCCUGGGGCCUUCCCACACUCCCCACCAUCACAGCGAAAGAGAACACUGACCAGAGGAUUGUGGGAGGUGAAGAGGCCAAACCUGGAGAGAUACCAUGGCAGGUGACCCUGAUGACUAACCCAGAUGCCUCAGGGAAAGUGAUGCCCUUCUGUGGAGGAUCUCUGCUCAGUGAAUCAUGGGUGAUCACUGCCGCCCACUGUCUGGUGCUGAAUGAUAUCCCUAAAAAAGGUUUCUUCAUCAGAGUGGGUGAACAUGAUGUGGAUAUUAAUGAGGGUCCGGAGCGAGACCACAAGGUGGCAGAGAAGCACAUCCAGCCUAAUUACAACCUUGAGAAGUCGCCAUAUAACCAUGACAUUGCGCUGCUGAAGCUCGCCACUCCAGUGGAACUGUCCAACCAGCGACGUCCCAUCUGCCUGGGCCCCAAAGACUUUACAGAGGGCUUGUUGAGGGACUCCCCCAGCUCCAUGGUGAGCGGCUGGGGGAAGAAGGCGUUCAAUGGUGUUUUGGCGCGUAAGCUCCAGAGGCUGGAGGUCCCCUACGUGGAACGCACUGAGUGUAAACUGAGCAGCCGGUUCCAAAUCACACGCUUUAUGUUCUGUGCUGGCUACAAAGAUGAGAAUAUGGAUUCGUGCCAGGGGGACAGCGGGGGCCCGCAUACCACCAAUUACAACGGCACCUGGUUCCUGACAGGCAUAGUCAGCUGGGGGGAGGAGUGCGCCAAGUCCGGGAAGUACGGCAUCUACACCCGAGUGUCACGGUACUAUGGCUGGAUCAGUCAGACAACAGGGAUUCGAACUACCAACUGAGGAAUAGAAACAUGCUGCCAGUCAAGAAAGCUAACUAUAUACCUAUAGUUGUUUUCUACUCUGUCAAGUAAUAAUGUAAAUUUUUACUUUUCAAUAAAAUUCAAUUAGAA